AUCACUUCCAAUACUUCAGCUUCGAGCGAAAGUGCCACAAUUUUUAUGUCUGUCAAUCCAGUCGAACCCUCUUUUCACAGCUUGCAACGUUACAGAGAAACUGUAUGCUGGCCAAAGUCUUCAGCAUCUCUUCAAGGCGCUACUUUUGCAGGGCGGACUUCGGGGUGUCGUGUGGGCCGACUGCGUACAAGGCGUCGUGCUCUUUGCGGCACCGUUUGUCAUCAUCGGCAAGAUACUCUACGACUCGGCACAUCUAGACAUACCGCUAAAGCCAUUGAGCAAUUUAGACACGACGCAGGGAUUUCUAAGAUUGGAAGCGGACGUGAGCAGCGACGAGACCGUGUGGGCGUGCGCGAUAGCCAGCGUGCCUUUCCACUUAGUGCGAGAAGGAAUGGACCAAAUGGUAGCCCAAAGGUUCCUGGCAGCCAGAAGCAUUCGCAGCGGCCGCAGAGUCGUAUGGGCCGGCACCUCCAUGUUGGCGUUCUUCAUCUUGUCAACGUCGCUCACGGGCCUGGCGCUGACCUACUGGUACAGGGACUGCGAUCCAAUGCUGACAGGAGCCAUCACGCGUUAUGACCAGUUGGUUCCCUUCUACGUAGGUGAAAGCCUAGCGAACGUCGCCGGUCUCCGAGGGCUAUUUCUCUCCGGUCUCGUGGGAGCGUCCAUCAGCACGGUUUCGUCAGUGGUGAACUCACAUGCUGCCACAUUCUACGUGGACAUUGUCUCCCCGAACGUAGACCUGAGUAAAACACAAGCGGUCUGGGUGACACAUCUUCUAGAAUUCGGCAGCGGUGCGCUGAUGACAGCGUUUGCAGUAGUGGUGCCUCACGUGGGGACUGCGACCCGGAUACUCAUGUCGUUGUACAGCGGGGCUUCCGGACCAUUUGCAGGCAUGGUAGUAGCGGCCAUUUGCCUUCCAUGGACCAACACUAAGGGAACGGCAGUGGCCACCUCACUCGUCUUCCUGCUGGAAAUAUGGCAAACCAUUGGUAGAACGCUGUCAAGACUGGAACCACUUAGGAUGAACACGACAUUGGAACGCUGCGCCCACAAUGUCACAACAGCCUUGUCUGGUCUCCGGUUUGCUAACGAGUCUGAACCGCAAGUGACCGCCAGCCACUUCAUCGUUCAGCGAGGGCCAUCUGCAGGAAGCGAGGCGGAUGUCUUCCUCCUGUAUCGCGUGUCCUCGUACUGGAGUUCGUUCAUCGCCCUCCUAGCCACGGUGUUACUAAGCCUCGUGUUCAGCCUGAUAAUCGGUGGACAUCGUGAGGCGCUGGCCAGAAACGCGCGUCUUUCCAGUCCCCUAUUCCUGAGGCUGUGGUCACGACUGGGACUGAUUCCCGACUCGACAGUGAUGCCCAUCAGCAGUGGCCAUUUGAGCUUCAAGGACGGCUGCGCUGAAGAACUGCCUGCGAUCCCGCUGCUCAACCAAGCGCCUGACAAUUCUUCUCCGCUCACCAGCGAUGACUCACUCAGAUAACACAGUCCUAUGUCUGUGACUAUCACAUAUUUGCCGCAUUUACUUUCGUACUCGCCGCAGCGCAGUUGUGUCACUGAGAGCGUAUGACGUCAAUCAACAGUCACUUACCGGCGCAGCUGGGGUCUCUGUGAAAUAGGAGGGAACGAACCUGGCCGCGGCAGUGUUUAUGUCGCUGGCACUAAAUCGUGAUUGAUGAGUAACUGUAAAGAUCGGCCACAAAUAAAAA